CUUGUGAUAUUAUCCGUCUCACACUCGCGAUGCAUUGCGCUGCAUAGGGAAAAAGUGAAACUUUCGGUUUCAUUUCCCCCGUUAAACGCCAGUCGCGGUAAAAGUGCAUCCCGUUGCAAUUUCGCGCGACCAGACAAGAUUUCAUUAGAUUUCGAUCGUCGGCGGCGAGUGGUUGCAUCGCAAAACUAUUUCUUCAACUUCAAACAACAAAAUAUUCCUCAAAACAUGCGAUCGUCCAUGAUCAAACUGGUGUUGUUGUCGUUGCUGAUUGGCGCGACGAAGGCGGCGCACUUUCGCAUGAUGAUGUUCGGCCUGUUGGGCCUCGCCGGUCUCUGGAUGAUGAAUAACGUUGCGAGGGCAAGCAGUGGAGCUACAUCCGAAGACCGCGGGCAGGGAUUAUUCCCGAAUUUCAGCGUCGCAAGUUUAGCGAAUCGUUUUCUCACCAAACGCUCCGUAGAUAAUCCCGUAAACAUCAACAUCAACUGGGAAGCUGUCUUGGAAAAUGAUUUAUCCACGUGUACACGCAGUUAUGUUUGUCAGAUCGUCGCAGCAGAGGAAGCAGACUUGCACCCGGAGGAAGCCAUCAUGCUUAAUAUUAUUAAGCAGUCGAAAGAAGUCGAGAGUAGUAACUGGGCAACGAAACAAAUUCAUCUUGCGGCGCGUAGUGGUGAAAAGUGGAGAAAUAAGUCGGUUUGUAUGAAAAUCUACAAGCGUUGUCCUUAUACAAGUGCUACGAUGCGGCAGUUAUUGAGCACCCUUAAUGUGGACUCGCGUAAAUAAGUUUUUAUCUUUUUCUUGAUCAAGCCGUAUGUAAAUUAAUUUAAAUUUUAUUAAAUGUUGUUUUGUGUACAAC